AUGCCUGUUUUUUUGUUCGUUAUCAUUAACUUCUUGGUUACUGCAAGUGUUUGUGUAUUUUACUCACAAGCGGUAAAGUCGAGAGUUAAUGAACUUGAAGCCCAUAUAAAGGAUGAAGAAGAGCAAGCUGAACAGAGGAUCAGGAACCCAACCCGGAAAAAGCUUUUCACAGCGUACUGUUUUCAGCUUGCUGCCAGAUUUCUUCUUGGGAUUUUUUUCGUCGUUAUACAGGCCAAUUUACUUUAUCCUCAUAACUUUCCCUCGAACUUUAACUGUAAUUUAAUCAGAGUGGACAACUUUACAAACGUUACGGUCGUUGCGACUUCCAAUGUAAAACAAACUCAAACUUCAUACGAAUGUCAUAAUCAGCGAGCUGCUAAGAAAACCUUCGGCUGUCACUUCUUGAUCGGAGUAACUGGAUUUUUUGCGUUAGUUGCGUUUGUCGAGGCUACCUUUAUCUUGUUUAAGUUUGUACGAUCAAUAAGAAGAGAAGAAAGGUUCAUGGAGGACCCGCAAUUUUAUAAAUAUUAUCUGAAAUCGAAUUCAAAUGCUUCUCUUUUAGAACCGGAACGACAAACCUUAUAUCGAACUAACAACCAUCAACAUCAACAUCAACCAGCAACAUCAACUGCCGCAUAUAUUGAACGUAUGAAGACGUAUGUCCAAACAGUCACCGAUCGACCUUUAAGUGAUCUUAAAUCACCUUUCCAUCGUAAUCCUGGUGAAGGCUUCGGAACAGAUAUAACGCUUGAUCAAAUCUACACCAAUCUGAAUAUCCAUGAAGGCAGGGUCGAUUCAGAGCACUUGGCUGGAGACAGAGACACGCUGCUAAAAAAGUAUCCCCGCAAAACUGCAAACUUACCACCAAGGCCAGCAGAUAUUUUUGACGCUAACAAGCAGAACAUUCUCCUUGUUGGUCAUCCUGGAACUGGAAAAACUAUGUUUUGUACAAAGAUUCUUCGCGACUGGGCCUCCGAUAAAUUAUUCGCUGAAGUACAAAACAAACAACUGGAUUUCCAAGUCGCAUUUCUCUUUAAGCUGAGGAUAUUAAACGGCCUAGCUGAUCAAGAACUCAAUCUUCGAGAACUGCUGGAUCGUUCAGAGUAUUCAGCAACCCUAUCCGAUGAGAAUGAAGUCUGGGACUACAUUCGUCAAAAUCCAAAUAAACUUCUUGUGAUUUUUGAUGGAUUUGAUGAAUAUUCUGGCAGAACUAAAAUUGAUAACGAUGACAUUUUGUACAGAAACCCGCGGGAAGAAGACAGAAUGCCUCUUCAUUCCCUGCUCAAGAACAUAUUGUCUGGGAAAAUUCUCGCAGGUGCCACAGUGUUAACGACCACAAGACCCAACGCCCUGUCAUGUUUUGGAAGUCUUUGCUUUAACAGAACAGUUGAAAUUUUGGGAUUUACAACUGAUCAAGUGGAAGAGUAUGUGGGAAAGUUCACAAAUGGCGGAGACAAAGCAGAAACCAUAAAGGAACACAUCAGAAGUAACCUCAUCCUCCGAUCUUUCUGCUACAUUCCCGUGAAUUGUUUUAUCAUUUGCUCGUGCUUGCUAAAGUUGCUCAUUGACAACUCUGCUGACCACCUCGGCUGCCUCCCCACAAAGCUAACAGAAAUAUACUCCGUUGCCAUCAAGAUCUUUUACUUCUGUUAUGACGAUGACCGAUACCGCCACCAUAAAGACAAAGGUAGAUACUUUUACCUUAAACCAUUUAAGGAAUUGCCUAAAGCUGUGACCAGGGUGUUUAGCAAGCUAGGAGAAAUUGCUUUUAAUGGAAUUCAACAAGGAAGACUUGUUUUUGAAUCACACGAAGUCAACGACCUAGAGAAGAAUGGCUUGUUCCAGCGUUUACCUGAUACCAGCAGCGGUUUAAAAGAGGGAAAAGCCCAAUAUUGUUUUCUCCAUCUGACUGUGCAGGAGUUUUUUGCAGCGAAGUAUUUGGUGGACACCAUGAGUCACGAAGAACUGAAGACAUUUGUUUCAGUUCACAUUAAGGAAGGAGCGUGGAAAGUUGUGAUGCAGUUUGUGGCUGGACUGCUGGAACAAGAAGAACAGUCAACUGAUAUUUUCAGUGGCCUUCUUCCAUUAUCAUCUGUUACCAGAGAAACUACAUUUUUCAUAAUCAGGAGAGAAGAGUUAGGGACAAAAAUUGAAACAUUGACCUGUUGGCCAGCUCAGGAAGACAAAGAACUAGUGGUGACUUUAUUCAACUGCAUGUAUGAGAACAAUUUAUCCAGUUUAGAAGUUCAAAGGAGAUUGGCCCAAAUUGAUUGCAAUGCGCUGGAUUUUAGUGAUUGUCGCCUGUCACCUCUUGAUUGUUUAACAUUAGUGCAUGCACUUCAAUCUAGUGGUAAAAAAAUCUUGCAUUUCAAUUUAUUGGGAAACCAUAUUGAUUCCCAUAUUGAUUUCUAA